AUGGACGCGAACUCGGCCAUUGUGCUGAGCGACGCGGACAUCGGAAAUGCAAUAUCUCUCAUCCAGGCGGCAUACGACCCCAAUGCCACAGACACUGCCGCCAUCGAGUCUCUGCAAAACUCACUGAUGCAAAUGCAACGAACCCGGCCAGCUUGGGGGCUCAUCGUUCCGUUGCUUUCUCAUCAAGACCCCAAUGUCCAAUUCUUUGGAGCACACACUGCUCAUGUGAAAAUUUCGCGUGGAGAACUCGAAUCGCUGACAACCGAAGAACGCGACGGGUUGAGAGAGACUUUGUUGGCCUUGGUGGCUAUUCCAGGCAGAAAGGCGUUCGUUCAGAAGAAGCUGUAUGGCACGGUCACGGCGCUGGCAAUUCGACUGGUUCCUGGUCAUCCAUCAGGCUGGGAGAAUUGGAUCGAGGCCACCGUGAGAGCAAUGGUCAACGGUGGCUUGGGCAACGCCGAAAUCCAUAAAUUUCUUACUGGGGCUUCUGAAGACGUAUAUAAUGCAAACCUGCUACCGCAGACCAAAUUAGAAGUGCAAGAGUCGCUUCGCGUGGCGACACCGUUGGUACUCCAAUCUAUCGUGACGGUCGUCAACUCUGCCCACCAACAGGAGCCCAGCGGACUACAAGCUGCCCUCGAAUGUCUUUCGGCGUGGUAUAUGGCGAGGUUCAUACAACCUGCUGGUUUACUUCCCCUCGUGCCCACACUGAUAGCGUUGCUCGACUUCCCUUCUGCGCCGUCUGCCGAAGUCCUAUGUGACAUCCUUAUUCGCCCGCCUGAAUCAUGGAGUCCUGCCGUUCUCAUUGAACCAAUGCUUCUCUGGGUUGCACGAAUUGCAAGUCCGUGGUAUCAAGCCAGCCCCCAACCUGGAAAUCCGCCCUGGUAUCCAACAGCUCCGGCCUCGCCUAAUUUCGCAUUUUUGCGAGACUAUCAAAAGGUUUUUGAUGCCCUAGGCGAGGCGGCGGUAGAUUGGGUCGCUGCUCAUCUUGUCGAUUAUACCCUUUGCGAGGGGCUUACCACCGCAGGACCAUCAUCGGGUCAACCGACGGGCCCAAGCCGUGCAUCGCUUGCGCAACUCAUCAUUCGGGUCAUGUUAGCCUUGACCGCAUGUGACGAAGGCGGCACUACAUUGCCAGAGUGGACGGACCAUCCUGAAGAGAUCGAUCUCGACGACGAAUUCGCGUCGGAGAGUAAUAAUGCCGGCAGCACGCUGUCUUUCUGGUAUAUGCUCCAGGAGUCGUUGUGGGAUGUUCCGCCAGCAAACACAUAUAUUUUCUCUGCAUUCUCCUCCGGAACAUCAACUCCACCUCCAAACGAUGAUCCAGAGGCCGUCCGUGGUCAGGGCGGAGUUGGAGGUACACCUUUCACUCCUGGACUCAACCGCAUUGGCAGUUAUUCAUUCGGUUCCGCUGCCUCGUCAGCUCAAGCGAAUGACACUGGUCCUGAUCCAUCCACUCAAGCUCGUGGCGCACAUGCUGAGGCUGCCUAUGUUGCUUUAGUCCAUAUACUACGAAGGAAAUGUGUUUGGAGGCGGUCUUGGCUGACGAACGAGGGGCUAUCAAGGAGCGAGAAAGAGCACAAGGAUCGGCAAUCGCGGUUCAGUCAUUUUCGCAGGGAAGUGGGGGAUACCUUGGUUAACGCAUUCUAUAUUUUACGGACCGAUCUUUUAGAUUUCUUUGCUGUCGAUUCGAUGGGCAGAAUAGAACGCGGAGAAGCAUGGGAGGAAAUCGAGGCAACCCUUGAUUGCCUCGACAAUGUGAAUGAAGCGGUUGACCUGGAGGUUGCCGCAUGUGAGAUUGGGACGAAAGCGCCCAUCGUUAGCUUGUUUACGCGGCUGUUUGGUGGAGAGCUGUGGGGACGCCUACCUACAUCAUGUGUGCUUUCAAGUGCGUAUUCUAAUAGGUCUCUUCCUGAACAAGCGCAGGAGAGGGCCGCCAUAAAUCGGCUGAGGAUAACAGCUCUCAAGUUGAUUGAUACAUACGCGAGCUAUUUCACGCAUCGUCCGUCCACGGAGCUUGGCGGACCGCUUGAUUAUAUCCUCGGGGCCCUGUGGGAUCAGGACCCGCAAGUUGGUGCAGCAGCAUCAAUUGCUCUACGUGGAUUGUGUGAUGCAAAUCGGCAUGCUCUGGCCGAGCGCAUAGACUCAUUUGCUGCUGUACAUUCCCGGAUGGACUCUAUACCAGAACAAUUCCGACAAAAAGUUCUCCAAGGAAUUGCUAGCGUAAUCCAAGCUCUGGCGCCGAUGGAUGAAAUUGCGCCGCUUGAAGCCAUGGUCACGCCUGUUGUGCGAAAGCUCAAAAGUGCUCUUGACGCUGCAGUGACGCAUCCCGAGGCUGCUCGUGCUGUCUCUAUCCAGCAUUUUGAAAUCAUCGCCGCUAUCGCGAAGGGAUUGACGCACGUGACUGACUCGUUGGGUAGCGACAACAGCGACCAAUCCGAAAUUAUGGUACUGCGGACUGCUCGAGAAGAUCCACGGAUGCAAGCAGCACGUGACGGUAUUUUCGAAUGUAUCACACGGACAGCGCAGCUCUGGAGUGACGAUGCUGAGGUUGGAAUUAUGCUUAGUGACCUUUUCAAAGGAAUCACAGCAUUGCCUGAUGACAUCACGCUACUUUCCCUCCCUCCAGCGCCGCUUUUGGGCAUCGUUUGCCAAGCCGCAACCCGGAAGCUAACGGCGCUCAAUCCGCCUCCAUUACUACUAUCUGACAAAUCAGGUCCCACCAUUGAAGCGGAGGAAUGUGUUCAAAGCUCUUUGCGGACCCUUGUCAGUGCUGGACUGGGUGUAUUUGCGGCGCCUGGGGGCAUAAUUGAGCCAGAUAUUGUCCAAGAAUUCUUCACGUGCAUGGAUCGCGUGGCGCAAGACUUUACGACAGCAUUCUGCGCUUUACCUGAUGGUGCAUUCGACGCCCUCAUCCAAUUUGCCAUCAAUGUACUGUCGAUGCAGGAGCGAUACUCGCUCGUCGCUUCUUGCUCUUUCCUGGGGACUCUCAUUCACCGCACCGCCCUCUUUGCUGUCCUAUCGCCCGAUCUUCUCAAGCAGCUUCAAGCGCACAUCAUCCGCGUCCACGGUCGGUUGAUUAUGCGCGCGGUUCUAUCCGGAUUCGCUGGUGCAGCCCCCCGAAGUGCUGUCAACAACAUGUUGGAGCUUUUGAGCGCUAUCGUGACUCGCUGGGACGAGCAGGCCGUUGCGGAAGCAUACGCUGCCACCGAUUUCAAACCCCAAGGCGGCGCCCGAGCGUGGGCUGCAGAAAUCGUCUUCGCCGACGACUUUUACCCCUCGCGGGCCGGGCCCGAGGCCAAGCAGCGUCUGGUCAAGACUCUGAUGAGGUAG